AUGAAUCGUAGUUGGAUGAGAGCCAAUCGAUUAAGUUUCGAGUACGAACAAGGAGUGAUGGAAUUUCUAGAGCUUGCUGAAAGUAAUGCUAAAAAAAAUCUUGCUCCUCCUAAGAGUGAUGCUGAAAAAAGUCUUCAUCUGCUUUUUCUCUGUCCAUGUGUUCGUUGUGCAAAUCACGAACCAAAACUCAAUAAGAAAGAAAUCAUGGAUCAUCUAAUUUGUCAUGGGAUUUGUCAAAGUUAUACACAAUGGAUAUGGCACGGUGAGGUAGUAGCAAAGUCAAAUGUGUCCCAAAGAGAUAAUGUUAGUGCAGAAAUGGAUGAUCGUCUGGAAGACAUGAUGCGUGAUAUUGGACAAGAUUCGUUUAAGAAGGCGCACGCGUAUGAUACUUUAUGCAGUGACAAGGAUAAACCUUUGUAUCCGGGAUGCACAAAUUUUACACGUUUGUCAGUCGUGUUAAAAUUGUUUAAUUUGAAGGCAAAUAAUGGGUGGACUGACAAAAGUUUUAGCGAAUUGCUUGAAUUGUUGACACAGAUGCUUCCAGAAGGUAACGUAAUGCCAAAUCGUUAUUACGAGGCGAAAAAGAUAUUAUGUCCGAUGGGUUUGGAGUAUGAAAAGAUACAUGCAUGCCCUAAUGAUUGCAUAUUAUACAGAAAAGAGUAUGUAAACUAUAAUCAUUGUCCAAAGUGCAAGGCAUCCCGCUACAAAAAGAAUGCUGGCGAUUCUAGUGAUGAUGAGGCGGUAAAAAAGGUUCCUCCCGCGAAAGUGGUAUGGUACCUACCAAUAAUUUCAAGGUUCAAGAGACUAUUCGCUAAUGCAAAUGACGCAAAGAAUCUUAGAUGGCAUGCAGAAGAAAGAAAGUGUGAUGGAAAAAUUUGCCAUGUAGCUGAUUCUUUACAAUGGAAGAAAAUAGAUGUUUUGUUUCCAAAUUUUGGCAAAGAGUCGAGAAACCUUAGACUUGGACUUUCAACUGAUGGAAUGAAUCUGUUUGGUAAUCUAAGUACUAACCAUACUUGUUGGCCUGUUCUCCUGAUGAUCUACAACCUAUCUCCUAGGUUGUGCAUGAAGCGUAAAUAUAUUAUGUUAUCGAUGAUGAUUUCGGGCCCAAAACAACCCGGAAAUGACAUAGAUGUUUAUCUAAGUCCUCUGAUUGAUGAUUUAAAAGUGUUGUGGGAGGAAGGGGUGGAUGUUUUUGAUGCGUAUUCUGGUGAACAGUUCAAUAUGUGUGCCAUGUUGUUUUGCACCAUCAACGAUUUUCCGGCAUAUGGCAAUUUGUCUGGUUAUAAAGUUAAAGGGCAUAGAGCAUGUCCUAUAUGUGAAAAAGACACAUGUUACCAUCAACUUGUAAAAGGAAAGAAGACUGUUUAUCUCGGGCAUCGAAAAUUUCUAGAUCGUUAUCAUCCAUAUCGUAGAUUGCGGAAAGCUUUCAAUGGGGAACAAGAGCAUGGUGUUGCUCCAAAGCCCUUAACUGGAGAGGAAGUUUAUCAACGACAACAAGGCAUUAAUGUCGUCUUUGGAAAAUACCAAAAGCAAUAUACUGUGAAAAAUAUAUGGAAAAAGAGGUCGGUUUUCUUCAAUCUUCCAUAUUGGUCUAGUCUUGAUGUAAGACAUUGUAUUGAUAUGAUGCACGUGGAGAAAAAUGUAUGUGAUAGUUUAAUCGGAACACUUCUCAACAUUCAAGGCAAGACAAAAGAUGGUUAUAAUGCUCGUCUGGAUUUGAGUUUGAUGGGUAUACGAGAAGAGUUAAUUGGAUUAAAAUCUCAUGAUUGUCAUGUCUUAAUGCAACAGCUACUACCAGUGGCUAUUCGUGGGAUAUUGCCUAACAAUGUUAGGAAGACUAUAACUAGGUUAUGCUUAUUUUUCAAUGCAAUUUGUUGUAAAGCCAUUGAUCCAUUAAAGCUAGAAAAUUUGGAAAAUGAGUCUGCAGUUAUCUUAUGCCAAUUAGAGAUGUAUUUUCCUCCUUCAUUUUUUGACAUUAUGGUUCACUUGAUUGUUCAUCUAGUAAGGGAGAUUAGAUUAUGUGGUCCAAUUUAUUUACGAUGGAUGUACCCAAUAGAGCGAUACAUGAAGAUCUUAAAAGGGUAUACAAAAAACCCACACCGUCUGGAAGCAUCAAUUGUUGAGAGGUACAUCGCAGAAGAAGCAAUUGAGUUUUGUUCGAACUAUUUGUCAGAAGUGGAUGCUGUAGGGGUUCCCAAGUCUCGUCAUGAUGGAAGAUGUGAGGGUGUGGGUACACAAGGUUUAAAGGUCAAGAGAUUAAGUAUUGAUGUAGUUCUUCGAGCGCAUUUGUAUAUAUUGAAUAACACAGAUGAAGUUCAACCUUACUUAUCUGCUCACAAAAGCAUCAUAAAGAAAAAGUACCCCAAGAUGAAUGAAAGAUGGUUGUUAAAAGAGCAUAAUAAGAGUUUCUCUGAGUGGUUUAAAGAAAAAAUUUCUAAUGAGGAUAGUGCUUCCAAUACAAUUAAGUGGUUGUCCUAUGAGCCUAAAUGUAACAUAAUAACUUGGAGUGGAUAUGAUAUUAAUAAAACUUGCUUUUGUACAAAGUCAAAGGAUGAUCGUAGUACCACACAGAAUAGUAGGGUUAUGAUUAUGGCCGAGUCCAUGCACUUCUCUAGUGCUAAAGAUGAAAACCCGGUUAUGGCAUCUACACCCUACUUUGGUGUGAUUGAAGAGAUUUGGGAAGUUGAUUAUGUUGUGUUUAAAGUUCCUAUAUUUAAAUGCAAAUGGAUUGAUAUCAACAGUGGUGUAAGAAUCGAUGAAUUCGGAGUUACAUCGGUUGAUCUUAGCAAGCUAGCUUAUGCGGACGAACCUUUCAUUAUGGCGUCUCAAGCAAAACAAGUGUUUUAUGUUACAGAUCCUUCUAAUAAAAGGUGGUCAGUGGUUAUACAAGGAAAGGUGCAUGAUAGUGAUGAAAACCAAGAUGCAAACCUUGAUAUUUCCGAAACUCCUCCUUUCUCAAUGAAUGUGCCUACCUUCGUUGAAGAAAACGAAGAGGAUGACGUGCAUGCCAUUCGCAUAGAUCAUGAAGAAGGCAUAUGGGAGGACUAG